CUAACGAUAUGUUUUUGCAAAUGUCACUUGUGUAGGGCCAGAUGAUGGGAAAGGGGACAUUUGAUGAACUGUACGACUCGGGCGUGGAUUUCUCGGCCCUCCUCAAACGCGAGGAAAAGGAUGAAGAAGAGGAGCUUAAGACGUCAGCAUCGAAGGUUGAGCUGAUGCGGUCUCUAUCUCGCAGCUCCCGACAUGUGAACGAGCUGGGUUCCACUGUGUCGCUGGAGUCAGUCAACCUUGACUACGAGCCGGAUCCAGUACAGCUGCAAGAAGAAGAGGAGAGGCGGGAAGGCACUAUCGGCAUGGGGGUGUACAAACAUUACUUCAUGGCGGGUGCAAACAUCAUCAUGCUCAUCAUCCUGGCCCUUAUAAACAUCAUCGCGCAGACAGCAUUCGUCAUGAGCGACUGGUUCCUGUCCUACUGGGCAAACCAAGAGGAAGCCAGGCAUGCUGCUACACAGGAGCACGAGCGAUUAGUCAACGAAGGGUACAAUGUGACAAACGUUACGAUACCAUUAGUGGACAUGCCGCGAAACGUCUACAUCUUCACGGGCAUCACUUUCAGUGUUUUCCUCUUCGGCAUCCUGCGAGCCCUCCUCUUCUUCAGGAUAGCCAUUACUGCCUCCAAGACUCUCCAUAACAGAAUGUUUGACUCCAUUCUUCGUACCAAGAUUUCCUUUUUUGACACCAAUCCAGUGGGACGCAUCUUGAAUCGUUUCUCCAAGGACGUAGGUCACAUGGAUGACAAUCUACCAAUCACAUUUUUUGACUUUCUCCAGUGUUUCCUGCUGAUUCUGGGUAUCGUUAUUGUUGCUGGUGUCGUAAACCCCUGGGUCUUCAUUCCCAUCAUCCCGCUCUCCAUCGCCUUCGUUGCCAUCAGACAUUACUACAUCAAAACAUCGAGAAAUAUUAAAAGACUGGAAGGAACAACGCGCAGCCCUGUUUUUUCUCACCUGAGUGCCUCUCUCUUGGGUCUGGGUACAAUACGGGCGUUUGAUGUGCAGGAGAAGUUCUCCCAGGAGUUUGACGAUCACCAGGAUCUGCACACGGAGGCUUGGUUCCUCUUCAUUACGAGUAGUCGCUGGCUGGCUGUGAGGCUGGACUGGCUGUGUGCGUCGUUUGUAUCUGCGGUGGCCUUCUGCAGCGUGCUGGCUGCGGACAGUCUGGAUGCGGGACUGGUGGGGCUGUCCGUCACCUAUGCCAUGACCCUGAUGGGCAUGUUCCAGUGGGCCGUCAGGCAGAGUGCAGAGGUGGAGAACCAGAUGGUGUCCGUGGAGCGUGUUCUGGAAUACUCUAACCUACCCCAGGAGGCAUCACUAGACUCCUCGCCUGACAAUAAACCACCCCCCAGCUGGCCCCAUGAGGGGGUCAUCAGGGGAGAGCAGGUGGGCCUCAGGUACGGCCCAGAUGCCCCGCUUGUUCUCAAGAACAUCAACUUUGUCAUCCAGGCUAAAGAAAAGGUGGGGAUUGUAGGCAGGACGGGAGCUGGGAAGAGCUCUCUGCUAACGGUACUGUUUCGUCUCGUAGAGCCCGAAGGAAAGGUGACAAUUGACGGGAUUAACAUCAGUAAAAUAGGUCUGCAUGAUCUACGCAACAAGAUUUCCAUCAUUCCACAGGAUCCAACUUUGUUUACGGGAUCUGUUCGAGUUAACCUGGAUCCGUUUGAACAGCAUAGUGACGAGGUACUGUGGAGUGCACUGGAAGAGGUCCAGCUGAAGCCUGUGAUAGAUGACCUGCCUGGGGGUUUGGAGUGGAAUGUGUCUGAGGGAGGGAUAAACUUCAGCGUGGGACAGAGACAGCUGAUCUGUUUAGCCCGGGCCAUUCUGAGGAAGAAUAAGAUACUGGUGAUAGACGAAGCCACGGCCAAUGUUGACCCAAGAACGGAUGAUCUUAUCCAGGAGACGAUACGUGAGAAGUUUGCCGAAUGCACGGUGCUGACGAUUGCUCACCGCCUCCACACCAUCAUGGAUUCAGACAGAGUUCUGGUGCUGGAUGAUGGCUGUAUUUUAGCGUUUGACGAACCCUAUACUUUACUACAAGACAAGAUCGGGCAUUUUUACAAGAUGGUGGAGCAGACUGGUAGAGCCGAGACAGAUAAUCUGACAGCAAUGGCUCUAGCUGCUCAGAAGUUGAAAGCUAAAAAACAACAAGGGGAAACAGUGAGCAAAAAUGCUGAAAACGGGAUAAAAGUGCCUGUUAUAUUGAAAUUAAAUGACCAAGAUUUGGCACCAAUGGCUAGUCCAGAAUCUACUACUCUUGGAAGAAGGCCAAGAAAACCGGCCUAUCCUGUAUCGGCUCUUGCAGAAACACCAGACUCGACCAGUCAAAACAGCUUUACCAUUCCAGACACAGCAGUUGUUGCCAAUGACAACCGCAGCUCACCUGAAGUAGACAAAGAUGAAGAAGUGGAACAUGGUGAUCAUUCGGAGAGAGAUAAAUUGUUAGAAACAGGAACAGCUACCAUUUAAUGCUGAUUCCCAGGAAUAGAGUAGUCUCCACUUCCAACUCUUUUAUAGGUAAAGGUAAAAAUGUGACCUGUCAAAAAUGUUAGGCAACUAUUUCGGGAUCACAUUUACCAUGACAGGCAUCAGAAAGAAGUUUCACAAAAUGUUAUUUAGAGUAGACAGAUGGUGGAGAGAAUUGAGGAGUGUCUGAAGGAAAGAGAUGUCAUAUGUGCCUCUGGAACAGGGUGAGGCGAUUGGUAAAUUAAUGUUAGUAGAGUUUGCAUAACACUUUUCAGAGGUCGCAUGAUACAGGAGGGCUGUUUUUACCUUCACUGACAAAAGAGUUCAUACUCGAGGCUCUCCUAUGGCUAUUGUUUUUACAGUCUAACGUUGAAAUACAUGAAGUCAAUAUUGACUAGAUUUAUAUACAUUUGUGUGUGUGAAUGUUUUUUAUUAAGUAGCAUGUCAAUUGUCAUUUCAUACCACUCAGAAGUACAUUUUUGUGUACUUUGGCUUUCACUUUUGUCUGUCCAUUUUCUCCUGAGCUUUGUUAACACUCCAGUCUGUAC